GGGAGUCAACGAAGCUUUAUCUCCGCUAAAACUGCAAAGCAGUUAGGCCUGCCAGUGGUAGGCAAAGUGGCGUUGAACAUUGCUCCCUUUGGUUCAGCAGAAAUCAGUGGCCAGUAUGACGUUGUGAGUUGCCGGGUAGAGAUGGGUAAUAGAAUUGUUCGAAUGAAACUAGUUGUUCACGAGAACGUAGACGUCCCGAUUCAUAACGCAGGUUAUGUAAGAGUAAGACAACACCUAGUAGGGAAGGGAGUCACGUUAGCAGAUCCUGACAGUAAGAGCGAUAAGUUACGAAACGUGCACAUUCUUGUGGGUGCAGACUAUUUUAAUUAUUUCAUUAUUGGAGUAGAAAAGAUCUACGGGAUAAGUCUUUUUCUGACCCAUAAUGGCAUGUCGCCAUAUGGGAGAGUGCCACAGUGGCUAUUAGAAGGUCACAAGAUAGAUCAUGUGAGAACGCUCAGGGUAUGUAGGGUUGCGAGCGAACCAAUUGCAUUUGAUGUUAAUGAAUGGUGGCGUUUGGAUACGGUAGGCAUCGCCCCAUCCGAGCAGUACACUGUCCGCGAAGCAGAAGCCAUGCAAAAGGUUUCGCAGAGUGUAACGAAGAAGCCUGAGGGAUAUCAGGUUAGUUUGCCGUUCCGUUCAGAAGGUAAGCCAGAAACAAACUUUAGAAAUGCUGUAGCACAGCUGGAUUCACUGCAAACCAAAUUUCAGAAAGACAAGGAAUGCUAUAAUCAAUAUCAGGGAGUGAUCAACAAAUACCUGGAGGCAGGAUUUAUAUAUGAAGUAAAAGAUCCAAAAAUAGAAGGAUACUACAUGCCGCAUUUCGGCAUUAAAAAAGAUAGCCGCACGACCCCCCUUAGAAUCGUAUUCAAUGCCUCAUCCAAAGCUAAGAAUAAUAAAUCCUUAAAUGAAUGCCUGUUACCUGGGCCUAAUUUAGUAGAGUUGGCCUAUAAUUUGCUUCUAAAGUUUCGAAUGAAUAAAUACGCCAUGCUUGCAGACAUAAGCAAAGCAUUUCAUAGAGUACUAUUAGAUCCCCGUGAUGCCAAAUAUACAAGAUUCCUGUGGCGAGAGGUAGCAGGUCGAGCGCUGACCUUCGCUUUCAGAGUCGUGGUGUUUGGCAUCACGGCUAGUCCCUUUUUGUUACAACAAGUAUUGAGUCAUCAUUUUAGUUUAGAAGGAAGACCUGAAUUAAGUAAGUCAUUUUACGUUGAUAACUAUGUUAGUACCUUUGAAAGUCUGGAUGAGAUGAAAAAAGAACAAGAAUCUGUCCAUGCAAGUUUGGAUAGGGCCAGAAUGCAGUUAGAAGGGUGGGCAACGAACAGUAUAGCCUUCGAUAGCGAGAGAGAGUGGAAAGAACCUGUGAAUGUGAGCGUGCUCGGGCUGAGAUGGGCUCGAGACGUCGACUCUCUGUGUGUGAAAGAGAGUGAGAGGAUUCGUGAAUUGGGGGAGGGAUGGGUACCUACGAAACCUAGGGUACUAUCUUUGCUAGUGUCAAUUUACGAUCCGCUAGGUCUAGUCAGUCUUUUAUUUGUUAGGGGAAAGCUGUUUCUCCAACAACUUUGGGAACAAGAGAUUGGAUGGGAUGACGUGUUAUGUAAGGAAAAGGCUAAAGAAGUGUGAGAACUGUUAGCAGAGUUGAAAUCAGUCAGUGAUUUAACAUUUCCUAGAGCGGCAGGAGUCAGAAGAUCCGAACUCCAUAUAUUCACCAAUGCCAGUAGUAGGGCAUAUGGUGCUGUAGCGUAUGUCAGAGAUAAAGAAAGUAACGUAAUAUUACUCACCAGCAAAAUGAGAAUCACUCCGAAAGGGAUGCUCAAAAUCACCAUCCCUAAAUUAGAACUUUUAGCUUUGCUGCUAGGUUGUAGGCUAGCGAAAACGAUUAAAGGGCUAAUAGAGCCACAAGAGAUUAGUAUCUGGUCAGAUAGCAAAGUUGCAUUAGCCUGGGUGGCAUCCCCGGAUGCCAAGGACAACAAAAAUAUCGUUAUAUCUAACUGUGUGGCAGAAGUUGUUUUUCUCCGCCAGAUUUGUGAUUUCAGUGUGAAGUAUGUGCCCAGCAAACAGAAUCCUGCUGAUGUCUUGUCUAGGGGCGCAACAAUCCAGUAAUUGCAGCAGAACCCUCUUUGGCACCAGGGUGCAGAGUUCUUGGGAAUCCCAGGAGAGCCUGUUCCUUUCAAAGAGGCAGAUCUAACGAAUAUCAGAACCGUGGUAGCGGCGGUGCAGGAACUGAGGGAAGAAACAAGAAAUGCUGGACGCCGGGCCUGAGGUCUAUUGCUAAGCAAGUUGUACGGAAGUGUCCAGAGUGUGUGCUAGCCUUCCAACCGCUGAUGAGACAACCACCACCACCCCCCCUACCGAAGGAAAGGAUCAUCUUGCAGAAACCAUUUGCCGCAGUCGGCGUGGACCACACCGCGGCCAUACAAACAGAAACGCGACCAGGCUAUAUCCUCAUCGUGACGUGCAUGGCCACCAGGGCCAUGUAUUUAGAUUUCUGCCCCUCCUUGGAAGCGGAGGAAUUUGUUCUAGCUCUUCGAAGAUUCAGUGCUACGAAUGGAGCCCCAACCUUAAUCACUUCUGAUAACCACCAAACGUUCAAGACGGCCAGCAACCUCCUUCAGGGACUUUAUGAAGAGGAUGAAGUCCAGCAGUUCCUGAGGAGGACUGGCGUAGAAUGGCGAUUUCAAACCCCCGUGCGCCGUGGAAAGGCGUUUUUUUCGAACGUCUGAUUGGUGUUACGAAGCGUGCCCUUCAGAUUGCCCUCGGGAGAAAGUAUCUGCCGGAGGCCCACGUAUUAACUCUAGUGAAAGAGGCGGAGGCGGUAGUUAAUAAUAGGCCGUUGAUGUAUAGCGGUGACAAGUGCGAGGACGAGGUCCUCACCCCCUCUCAUUUAGUGCGAGGUCACUUAAUUUACUUAAUGGCACCUGUUUUGCCAGAUGAAGACCUUAAUGCUACCUUCACCUCCCGGAGGCUAUGGGAUCGAUAUCUAAAGCUAACAGACACUUUGAAAGCCUUCCGGGAGAGGUGGAGGAAGUAGUACCUAAGUACCCUAAGAGCCUGACACGAUUGUCAGUCUGGGGAACCCACCAAGCUGCACCCCGGAGACAUCGUAUUAGUAAAGCAAGAAAAUCAAAAGCGGGCAACGUGGCCCCUUGGACGCGUCGUGGAGACGUACCCGGACAACGACGGUGCCGUGUGUUCGGCCAAGGUAUUGUUCGAAGAUGUUGAGUCCCUGCGUGCUGUCAGCCAAUUGGUCCCCCUGGAACUUGCCCCCUCAGAUGACGAUGAUGGCGUUGGAGAUGAACAGCGUGACGAUGUUGAUGGUGCGACGGAGGAGAUGGUGCGUGACGACGACGGCAACGAAGAGGUCCGAGACGAGGGAGCGUACAGCCCAGCAGUAGGUGUUCCAGGAAAUGUUGUGACGUCUGGGGACGACCAAGGAAUGGCACUGGCUGCAACAUCCGAACAACCAGCCACAAAGGUCUUGAGUGACGUAAAAGACACUGACGAUAUUGGUAACGAUUCGAGCGAUACCAAUGCGGUAAGAGAGAGUGCUGAAGUGAAUGAUACUGAGGUAUCGAGUGGUAGCGAUGUUGACGUUCAGUUAGGCGGACAAAGACAUUCCGCACACCCUUUGAGAAAGGCUGCUGCUAAGCAGCGCGAGUUAAUGAAGCGCUUAAUGGAA